AUGAGGGAUCAGGGUUGUGACGAUGACUGCACUGUCGGUCCGGUCGGGAAAACAUCGAGCCAUGAUGAACAAGAAAUGGUGGAGGGGAGAAAGGGAAGAACAAAUGGUAAAAAUGGGAAAAGGAGAGAGAGAGAUGAAAAGAGUACGGGCAAUAAGGUUUGGUGUGAUGAGAGAGUUGUCGACGACUACCUACUGAGUCCCACCAACCGACCAUCCAUUCAUCCAUCCAUCCAUCUAUCCAUCCAUCUAUCCGUCCAGCUAUCCAUCCGUCCAUUCAUUCAAUUCAUUCAUUCACUCAGUCAUUCAUUCAUUCAUCCAUUCAUUCAUUCAUUCAUUCAUCCAUUCAUUCUUCUCCCCUCCGGUGGUGAUCAUCGGUGGAGAGAUCCCAGCAAUUUCCGAGCGAUUUGCUACAAGAGUAACAGAGAGUUAUGGGACCUUGACCCCUGA